AGGUUGUUCUAGUAUCAAACUACACACAAACUCUGGACCUCUUCGAGCAGAUGUGUGGGACCAGGAGAUACCAAUUCAUCCGCUUAGACGGAUCGCUAAGUAUUAAGAAACGGCAGAAACUCGUCGACCAAUUCAACGAUCCGGAGGGAACGACAUUCCUGUUUCUGUUGAGUAGUAAGGCCGGUGGUUGCGGGUUGAACUUAAUUGGAGCAAAUAGAUUAGUCCUGUUCGAUCCCGAUUGGAACCCGGCAACCGAUUUGCAGGCAAUGGCUCGGGUGUGGCGUGACGGCCAAAAGAAAACAUGUUUUAUAUACCGCUUGGUGUCCACAGGGUCGAUAGAGGAAAAGAUCUUCCAACGGCAGGCGCACAAGCAAGCGCUGAGCAGUUGUGUGGUGGAUGAGGAAGAGGAUGUACAACGCCAUUUCGCUAUGGAUGAUUUACGCGAUCUGUUCAAGUUCAAACCGGACACCAUCUGUGACACGCACGACACCUUCAAAUGCAAACGCUGUGUCGGCGGAAUGGCCAUUCGUAAUCAGGCGAUGAAGACCACCACGGAUGAAGAUUUGCAAUUUGACAUGUCAAUGUGGGACCAUUUCUCUGUGUAUCACAAACUGGAGGAUACAAUUCUGAAGAAGGCCGCCGGAGAUAUCGUCAGCUUUGUAUUCCACAAUAGAUUUGAUUAAAUUUAGGAAGCUAUAUGGCGUGAAAUAUAAGGAAAAUUAUUAAUACAGAGGAAAUCAUAUGAGUCUAAACCUGUUUCUCGG